AAGAGUGCAGAGCUUGAGACACAAUACGCAGAGGACGUGAACGAACCGGCGCAAAACACAGAGAGCUGAGCCGUCUUGGCAGUGUGGGGCCGUUAAGACACUGCAGCGUCCGGAAACAAAGUGACUUUGAAACAGGACAAUGGUGCAGCACACGGACAACAGCGAGACGGAUGGGAGCAUGUCCAGGGAGGCUACCGAUUCGGAGGAGAGUGAAUUUAUGGCAUGCAGUCCGGUAGCGAUAAACCCGGACUGGUGCAAAACAGCCACCGGUCACAUCAAGAGACCCAUGAAUGCAUUUAUGGUGUGGUCCAAAAUCGAGAGGAGAAAGAUAAUGGAGCAGUCACCGGACAUGCACAACGCAGAGAUUUCCAAGCGCCUGGGGAAGAGGUGGAAGAUGCUCAAGGACAGCGAAAAGAUCCCGUUUAUCAGAGAAGCCGAGAGGCUGCGGCUAAAACACAUGGCUGACUACCCCGACUACAAGUACAGACCGAAGAAAAAACCAAAGCUCGACAGUUCAAAAUCAUCAGCACCGUCUCCGGAGAAGUGCGGCAAGAUUGCAAAGACUCCCAACAAGAAGAGUUCAAAGAUAAAAACUAAGAGCGGCUCGAAAUCCACGCACGGCUACGCGGAGGAUUGCGUGUUUCCCAGCUUAAAAGUUGCAAAGACUGUAAAGAGUGAGCUCACCGAUGAGGACGAUGACGACGAGUACGAAGAGGACUACCGGAUGGGGAUUAAGCCGGGUGAGGAGGAGCGCCUGAGGCCGUACAAUGUAGCCAAAGUUCCCGCUAGUCCAACUUUGAGCUCCUCGGCCGAGUCCGAGGGGACGAGUAUGUACGAAGAGGUGCGGAACAACAACAGACUGUUUUACAGCAUCAAAAACAUUACCAAGCAAAGUACAUUGCACGCUGCUUCCGUCUCACCAGCAUCCUCCAGGUCGGUCUCCACAUCCUCCUCCUCGUCCAGCAUCAGCUCCUCUUCCGGCGACGACGCGGACGAUUUGCUGUUUGACUUUAGUUUAAAUUUCGCUCCCAGCGCCCCGGGCUCUGAGCUGGGCAACCCCAAUUCAGGAAACCUCUCCCUGUCUCUUGUGGAUAAGGACCUGGACUCGUUCAGUGAGGGCAGCCUGGGCUCUCACUUUGAAUUCCCAGACUACUGCACGCCAGAACUCAGUGAGAUGAUUGCCGGGGACUGGCUGGAGGCGAACUUUUCCGAUCUCGUCUUCACAUACUGAAAAAAACAAAACCGAAAAAAACAGUUGAGCUAGUAAUAACAGAGAAGGGAGAUAUGAAAUUAUAUAUGUCCUGGUCAAAUUGUCCCCAGCCCUGCCUCCUGUGGGUUUUUUUCUUUUUUCUUAAGGGUCCUGGGGGGAGGUGGAGGACCAGGAGGCGAGGUGAGGUUUGAGGAAUGAGAUGCUUAUGAAGCUGGUAGCAAAAAAAAAAAAAAAA